UUACAGACUUCAUUAAACUAGUUUGUAAAAUUGAAUUUACUUAGGAGCUUAAGAGAAAAAUCUAAAGAACCAAUGUCUCUUUUUUAUAAAUAACCUGUGUGUGCAUAUUUCUUUUGUAAAUUUAUUGCAUUGAAAUGGAUUUCAAGGGAUUAGAUGAAUUGUGCUUGUUCAUCAAAGGAAAGUAAACUGUUUGAAGCAAAUUCUUUUGACAAGAUUAGCAAAGAAGUUCCCAAAAAGCAGUCAAAGAAGCAAGACAGUAGUAGACAGAUCAAUGCUAGGAUGAGUUCCCAGACAUUCAAGAUAUACAGCCCUAACAUUGCCCAGUAUGAAUUGAUUGUAACCAUUGGGAAAGGUCAUCUUAAUGCUUCAACUAUUUCUUUGGCAAAGCACAAACCAUCAGAGUCUUUAGUAGCUGUGAAAAGAAUCAAUGUAGAAGAAUGGGAUAACAAGCUGUCAUAUUUGCAGAAUGAAAUCAUCAUAACCCAGCAACUCUCUCACCCCUGUUUGUUGCCCAUUCACUGCAGUUUUAUUUCUGGACAAGAGUUAUGGAGUAUCAUGCCACUUAUGGCAUUUGGCUCAUGUAAGGACUUGAUCCAUGCAUACUUUAACUCUGGGUUACCAGAGCAAGCUAUUGUUUUUAUUUUAAGAGACGUACUUCUAGCCUUAGAAUAUAUACAUCAUAGAGGAAUAAUUCACAGGGGCAUUAAAGCAAGCCAUGUGCUGAUUUCAAAAAAUGGUCAGGUCUGUCUGUCAGGAUUACACAACUGUUUUAACACAAUACAGAAUGGCAAAAGACUUAGAAAAGUACAUGAUUUCCCAAUGCACACCAUUGAUUGUGUUCAUUGUUACAGUCCAGAGUUAUUAGAACAGAAUUUGGCAGGCUACAACUACAAAUCAGAUAUUUAUAGCAUGGGAAUAUUGGCGUGUGAACUAGCCAAUGGACAGUCUCCAUUUUCUGAUAUGUCUGCCACUCAGAUGUUGCUAGAAAAGUUAAAUGCUACAAAACCAAAACUAGCUGAUUCUACGACUGUUGGUGAAUUUGUCAUUGAUGACGAUGAUAUUGAAGAUCAGACUGCUACCACACAAGAGAAAGCUGAUGCCAUUUUCUUUAGAAGAACAUUUUCCCCACACUUGCAUGAUUUUGUGUCUGUUUGCCUGGAGAGGGACCAACUUUGCAGACCUUCAGCCACACAGUUACUGAGCCAUGCACUGUUCAAGGCUAUCAAAAACAAAUCCUCGUCCGUGCUGCCGUCUUUGUUACAACCUGUAACGCCACUCAGUGACAUUGCUAAGGCACCAAAAGCUCUUUUGGUAGAGGAAGAAGAUUUUUCUAGGAAAAUGAGUGAAGUUUCAAUGCAAGAUGAUUGGACCUUUUGAAUUAUGAACUCCAUGCUAUGAAUAUAAUGACUUUUAUGAAUUUUAUAUACAUUUUUAACUCACUGACAUAAACCUAAUUGUUUGUGAUACAGAUAUACAUAUUUUUCUUAAAUUUGUUUAUUGUUUUGAAUGGUUCAAUGAAUAAAAUGUGCAUCUUUAAUGGUUACAUUUCUAAAGACAGCUUAAAAGUUUGCAGAUUUUUAAAGACGCUUUAGUUGGUAAAAUCAUGGUGACUGCUAUUUAAAUAGUCCGCUUUAUUGUUUAAAAUGAAACAAAUAUAUGAUAAAUGAAAGAUCCUGCUUUAAAUUAAAAUGAUGUCAAUCUUUUGAAUCAAAGAAAUAUUUUAAUAUUCUGUAUUGACAGUCACCUUCUGUGAUAAAUGAUCUAGUAUUUUAUUAUAUCAUCUUCUUAAAACAGUUUUCAAUGUGAGGUGAAGAAUGUCUAAAUCCUGAAAGAAUCUCAGUAUAUGUUGUGUUGGUGCUUAGAAUGAUGCUAUGAAUUUUAUAAAUACAUACUUAAAAUUAAAAAUCAAACAAGCAUUUUCACAAUGUUGUAUGUCUUUCAAAGUUUUUGUAGUGAUCACAAUAAAGACAUUUGUUUUCAAUGUUUGAAUAGAAAUUAGAGAUGAUUUUCAAUGCCAUCUUUUUUAUAACGACCAAGUAAUAACCAAAAAAUGUUUUUGGCUUAGGUCAGACAAAGUUUUAUAAAGAAAUUGUAUAGCAAGAUGUACA